GUGUCAGUCUCUUCCUGUGCACACCUCUCAAAGUUCAGUCAUUCUUGUAAAACAGCCCAAAAAAUUCUCCAAAAAAACCUCCAUUUAAUCACAAUUCAUCAUGUCUGCUGAUCUCGGAGCUCUCGUAUCUCGUCUUGAGGCUGUGACGACUAAGUUAGAGACAAUGGCUGCUGGAAAAGGCAGCGCUGAAGGGAGUCAUGAGAUUGUGGAAGCCUAUGAUGGGUUUAUUUCUGGAAGUGUUGCAAAAUUUGUUGGACUUUCAAAUGAGCUAGGUGGGGAUGUCUCUGAUCAGGUCAAACUCCUGCAAAAGGCUUUUCAAGCCCAGAGGAGUUUCGUUGUUGUGGUUUCAAAGCACAAGACUCCUACUCCAGAAACCCUUGCAAAACUUCUCCAACCAACCAGUGAUGCAAUCAAUGCUGUUCAGCAAUACCGUGAGUCACAUAGAGGAAGCAAGAUGUUCAACCACUUGAGUGCUAUGUCAGAGGGAGUUGCUUGCUUAGGAUGGGUCACYGUGGUCAAAGGUGGAACUUUCAUUAAGGAAACAAUUAAUUCAGCUGAGUUCUACAUUAACCGUGUUAUCAAAGACUUUAAAGAAAGUAAUCCCAAGCACGUAGAGUGGGCACGAUGUAUUAAAAGCMUGUACGAAGAUCUUAUAACAUACGUCAAAGAACAUCAUCCGUCUGGUCUGUCCUGGAAUCCUGAUGGUCCUCMAGCACCAUCGUCAGCCCCAUCAGCACCUGCAUCGGGAGGAGCACCUCCACCCCCACCACCCCCUGCUGUCGCACCCCCCACUGCUGCACCAACAGCUACUCAAGCAAAUACUGCUGCAGCAAAUGCUCUGUUUGGYGAAAUUAACAAGGCUGGAACCAACAUUGCUGCAGGUCUGAAAAAAGUCUCUGAUGACCAGAAAACCCACAAGAACCCAGCCUUGCGCAAGACUGCUCCUGUACCAGACAAGCCUAAGCCGGCAGCCAAACCAGCUCCCUCCAAGGCAAAGCCAGCAGUGGCAGCUAAACGACCACCUGUCUUUGAGCUACAGGGGAAGAAAUGGGUGGUGGAUUAUCAAGAASAAAACCGCUCACUAGUGAUUGAUGGAGAGAUGCAACAGACUGUGUAUGUGUACAUGUGCAAGAACAGCACACUGCAAGUGAAGGGCAAAGUUAACUCAAUAACACUUGACGGCUGCAAGAAGUGCGCUGUGGUGUUUGAUAAUGUAGUUGCCACUUGCGAGUUUAUUAACUGUCAAAGCGUCCAAUGUCAGGUUAACGGUGCAGUCCCCACCAUCUCUAUCGACAAGACCGAUGGCUGUCAAGUCUACCUGAGCAAGGAAUCCUUGACAUGUGACAUCAUCUCCGCCAAGUCCUCUGAAAUGAAUAUUCUUAUUCCAAAAAGCGAUGGCGAUUUCACGGAGUAUGCGUUACCAGAGCAGUACAAGACCAAAUGGGAUGGCAAGUCCUUUGUCACCAAGACUUCCGAGAGUUUUUAGAUCUCAAAUCAGCACGUGCUCCCAUAAUAACCAGUAAAAUUGCAAGUAAAGAACCAUCAACCUGGUAACAAAUUGCACAUGGUUUUAUUCUGCCAUCAUUCCUUAAAACGAUAAACAAUUUGUAGUAUGAUUAUUAGAGAAUAUACACUUUGGCUGUGAAGAAUAAGUCUUACAAAAUAAAUUUUCCAUAAUUUUGCAUCA